CCGUACUAAAAAAGUGCGUUCAUCUGGCAACGCCCACUCUUUUUUUUACAUAUCGUACAAGUGACAAAUUUUUGACAAUUGCGUUCCGCUAAAUCAUUGAUGCAAUAUUUAAUUUCACUAAUCGUUUGACAAAUUGUUCAGCGCGCAGAGCACUCUCCUCGUACAACGGCAGUGGUAAUCGGGAGAUAGUAGUUGGACUGCGAUUAGAACAACAACAACAAAGCGUUACGAAAAAAGAAAACAAGCUAACAGAGAGCAAAACAAAUUGUGUGGAUAAAAUGGCAAGUGAUUUUGGUAGCGGGAUUGUGGAGUCUGCCUUCCCUGCAGGUGCUCUAGUGCCUAAAGCGGAGACUGGUGUACUUAACUUCUUGCAAAAGUAUCCUGAGUUUGAUGGACGCGACGUUACAAUAGCUGUCUUCGACUCUGGCGUUGAUCCGCGCGCAUCGGGGCUUGAGACGCUUUGUGAUGGAAAAUCGGUAAAAGUGAUUGAAAGGUUUGAUUGUUCGGGUUGCGGCGAUGUCGAUGUGAGCAAAAAAAUUACGCCUGAUGACGAUGGAAAUCUGAAAGGUUUAUCUGGUCGUACUUUGAAGCUGCCGGCUGAUCUUGUGGCUCUCAACACGGACAAGGAGGGCGCAUUCCGUGUUGGCCUAAAGAGUUUCAGUGAUCUGGUGCCGAGCAAAGUGCGCGAUAAUAUAAUUGUCCAGGAAAAAUUAAAGAAUUGGAACAAGCCGCAUAAAACGGCUAUCGCUGAUGCCAGCCGCAAAAUCGUGGAGUUUGAAACCCAAAAUCCAGGUGAGGCAUCAAAGCUUCCUUGGGAUAAGAAGAUUAUCAAGGAGAAUCUUGAUUUUGAACUGGAAAUGCUCAAUAAUUACGAAAAGCUUUACAACGACAUUAAGACUUCUUACGACUGUGUACUCUUCCCCACUGAAAAGGGCUGGCUGACACUUAUUGAUACGACAGAGAAAGGGGAUCUGAGUCAAGCGCUGCGCAUCGGCGAAUAUUCGAAAACGUAUGAAAUCAAGAAUGUGGAUGAUUAUCUGUCUAUUUCGGUUAAUGUGCACGAUGAUGGUAAUGUGCUCGAAAUAGUGGGCAUGUGCUCUCCCCACGGCACGCAUGUCGCAUCGAUCGCGAGUGGAAAUCAUAGUUCGCGCGACAUCGAUGGUGUGGCCCCAAAUGCCAAAAUUGUGGCCAUAACAAUCGGCGAUGGUCGUCUGGGGUCCAUGGAGACAGGCACUGCUCUGGUGCGUGGCAUGAUGAAAGUUAUGGAAUUGUGCCGGGAGGGGCGACGCAUCGAUGUAAUAAACAUGAGCUACGGCGAGCAUGCUAAUUGGUCCAACACAGGACGCCUCGGGGAACUGAUGAACGAAAUUGUCAACAAGUAUGGAGUAGUUUGGGUUGCCUCUGCAGGGAACCACGGACCAGCCCUCUGCACCGUAGGUACGCCACCAGACAUCAGUCAGCCAAGCUUAAUCGGUGUUGGCGCUUAUGUCUCACCGCAAAUGAUGGAGGCAGAGUAUGCGAUGAGAGAGAAGUUGCCUGGCAAUGUGUACACCUGGACGUCACGUGAUCCCUGCAUCGAUGGCGGUCAGGGUGUGACUGUUUGUGCGCCAGGAGGUGCCAUUACUUCUGUGCCGCAGUUCACCAUGAGCAAGUCUCAGUUAAUGAACGGCACAAGCAUGGCCGCUCCUCAUGUUGCCGGCGCUGUGGCGCUGCUGAUCUCAGGACUAAAGCAAAAGAACAUAACAUACUCCCCCUAUAGUAUAAAGCGUGCUAUAAGCGUCACUGCCACUAAAUUGGGCUACGUGGAUCCUUUCGCACAGGGCAAUGGCCUAUUAAAUGUGGAGAAGGCUUUUGAGCAUUUGGUCGAGCAUCAGCAAGCAGCGGAGAAUUUACUACGUUUUUCGGUGCGUGUGGGCGCAAAUCAAGCGAAGGGCAUACAUCUUCGCCAGGGUGUUCAGAAGAAGUUUGUCGAUUUCAAUGUUAACAUUGAGCCGGUGUUCUUUAAUGACAAGGAGGUCGAUCCCAAAGACAAAUUUAACUUUAAUGUUCGCCUAAACCUCAUACCGUCACAACCUUGGGUGCAGUGUGGCUCAUUUCUGGACCUAAGUUAUGGAACUCGAUCCAUUGUGGUCAGAGUCGAUCCGACUGCGUUGCCUCCUGGUGUGCACAGCGCUAUCAUACGCGCGUACGAUACGGAAUGCGUACAAAAGGGACCACUCUUUGAGAUACCUGUCACUGUGGUGCAGCCACAUGUUUUGGAGAGCGAUAACAAUACGCCUGUGUUUGAACCCGCUUCGAAUAGAGGUGACCGUGCUGUAGAGUUUCAGCCCAACACCAUACAAAGGGACUUUAUACUCGUUCCAAAUAACGCCACAUGGGCAGUGCUGCGCAUGCGCAUUACUGAUCCCAAUCAUGGCAAGGAUGUGGGCAAAUUCUUUCUGCAUACAAACCAAUUGCUGGCCAAACAAUCUUGCCGCAAACUGGAGACCAUGAAGAUCAUUGGUGUGAAUUCAGAGUUCGAAUCCACGACCGCGUUUCGUGUUAAGGGUGGCAAGAUAUUGGAACUGUGUAUUGCCAAGUAUUGGUCCAGCCAUGGACAAAGCCAUUUAAAGUAUAGCCUCGAAUUUCGCGGUGUUGAAGCUCAAAAUCCAAAUGCUUAUGUUAUGCACGCGGGGCGUGGCAUUCACAAAAUGGAAAUAAAUUCGCUGGUGGUAGAAGAAGUGAUCCAACCAUUGCUGCAAUUGAAAAACGCCGCUGUUGUGCUCAAGCCUGUUGAGGCAAAAAUCUCCCCGUUGAGCGCCACGCGUGAUGUCAUUCCAGACGGAAGACAGGUUUAUCAGAACCUGCUGGUGUACAACUUAACUGUAGCUAAGCCGUGCGAAGUGGCAUUGUAUGCGCCUUUGUUCAAUGAUUUGCUGUACGAAGCAGAAUUUGAGUCGCAGAUGUGGAUGCUGUUCGAUGUAAACAAGGCGCUGGUGGCAACAGGUGACGCACAUUCACACACCUUCUAUACGAAGCUUGAAAAGGGCGACUACACGGUUCGUCUGCAGGUCCGUCAUGAGAAGCGAGAUAUUCUUGAGAAAAUUUCCGACGCUAAUAUGGUCGCUGCUUUCAAGUUGCCGAACGCGCUUAACAUUGAUUUUUACGAUAGCUAUAACCAGUGUAUAGUAAAUGGACGUAAAUUUGCGUCCGCCCCUAUAAAGGGUUCGCCUAAAGUGUUGUAUCUGGGUCCCAUAUCCCAGGAGCGCCUUACAAAGGCCAACUUACCCGCACAAUGCGCAUGGUUAAAUGGCAAUGUAGUGUUUCCAAAGGAUGACGCCGGCCGUCGCGUCGCCCUUCACCCGUUCUACUACAUCCUCAACCCGACCGAAAAGAAAGCGGCAACUAAUGGCGCAGCUAACGGUACGAAUGCCAACAGCUCGACCGCAACUCCAUCGGCAAAUGGAAACGGAACGAAGCCCAAGGCCCCAGCAACGACGCUGUCAACAACUGCUUUGGCAGCGUCAGCGGCUGGUGAUGGUAUAACUGCUCAAAGCGAUGCACCCCCAAACAGCGGAGUUCUGCAAUCGUCGCCGAAGAAGGGAAAAACAUCAGCCGACGAUUAUGCAGAGAGUUUACGCGAUUUUCAGUGCACACAUAUCGUGAAAUGCGAGCUGGAGAAAGCAGAGAAAAUCUAUAACGAGGUUAUUGCUGCACAUCCGAAGCACUUGCAGGCACAUUUGUUGUUGAUACAAAACAUCGAAUCAACCGAACUUAAAAUUCAGCAUCCAUUUGCCUUCGCUAAAGCCCAAGCCAAAGUUGAAGGCAACGAAAAUACUGAAAAGCAAAAGGAUGACAAGCAAAAGCUGCGUUGCACUCUGGAGCGUAUUAUUAAGCUGGCAGAUCUCGUUAUCAAGGAUACCGAUGCUGAUGGUCUGCUCUCCUACUAUGGCCUGAAGACAGAUACACGGGCCGAUGCGGCUAAAAUUAAAACUAACAUGGAUAAACAAAAGGCAAACCUUAUCGAGGCCCUAAGCAAAAAGGGUAUUGCUCACGCAAAGCUAGCGGUAUUGGAUGACAAUAUUAAAGACCAGUUGUCCGAACUCAACGAUAUUUAUUCAGAAAUUAUAAAAUUUGUCGAUGCCAACGAUGCGAAGGCCAUUCAAUUCUCUGUGUGGCAUGCAUAUGCUCAUAAUCAUCUAGGACGCAUGUAUAAAUAUGUUAUGAAAUUGAUCGAAGAUAAACGCACACGUGAUCACUACGAAGAGCUGGCUGAGAUCAUUGGCGCCUUGGGGCAUGACCAUGCCAAGGUUGCUAUCAAUCGCCUAACGAUCACAUCUUUUCCAAGUAACUUCCGCUUGUUUUAAAUAUUGUAGCUGUUUUUAAGCACGAAGAACAUAUUAUUACUGUAUAUUAAUCUAAAGUUUGUUUUUACAUUGAAAAUCGUAAAAUAAAUAAAUUGAAUGAAUUAA